AUGAGAUUGUUUUCAGAGACCGGCCUCUCACCCACUAAAGGAGGGAGGUGGAGGGAGGUGGAGGGAGGUGGGGGGAGGUGGGGGGAGGUGGGGGGAGGCGGCGGGAGGAGAGGGAGAGAACAACGCGACAGACAAUCACUGCGAGACUCAGAGUGGGACUCAGCCUCCUCCUCCUCCUCCUCCUCCUCCUCCUCCUUCUCCUCCGCUGCUGCCAACAUCUCCAUUCAGGACUUUCCAGGUUCUGAGCGGCCAUUUGUGAGUCUGACCCGUGUCCACGCCACAGGGAUCAAUCAGGGGCCUUCAUCCUCCUCCUCCUCCUCCUCCUGUCCCCCCUCCUCCUCCUCCUCUUCAGAACCACAGGAGAAGUGCAGUGAAUAA